AUGGUCUUUGGGUUUGGCAGCACACAGAGGCCCUUGGCAGGACGCCGAUGCCUCUGGCAAGAGGAAAUUUGUAACCAGAUGGUGGAAUUGGAUCCCGCCCAAAUGAGCAUCAUAGGUGCUGGGUUCAUCGGCGCGAAGGCCGAGAAAGUUCGCCAACAAAUCACCAAGUCGACAAAGACCCUCAGAGACUGCGCUGCGGCCGAAGAUAAUGGCAUGUUCGAUGAGCAUGUUGAGAGCGUGCUGAAGCGUGCCGAGGAUAACAUCGGGCCUUUGCUUGGUGGUCUUGAACGAAUUGGUACCGUUCACUAUAAUAGAUUCUGUGAGAUUGGGAUGGGCCUGCCUAGUAUUGUCGAGGUCGCUUGA